UUGGCUUGGGGAUUCCCCGUGGGAAGUUCCCAGUACAUAUUAUUACAACAUUGUUAAUGUUAGUACAUAGUGAGCGAAGUGUACGGUUUCCUCUUUUUCGACUGUGUAUAACGUUAAAAUAAUAAAAAGAUAUUUAGAUAUUUAGGGUCAGACACUGUACGGUGUGCGUCUUUUAGGGGGGUUUGCGGUGUAAGGGACCCCAAAGGAUAAAGUUCAUGUAUUUUGGUUAGGUGUGGUUUAAAGAAAUAAAAGGACAAGAUCGUAAAUCCUAAAACUUUCCAUGAGACGUCUCUAGGUGGAAGUGUUAGUGAUGGUACUAAAGAGUGAAUUAUGGAGAGAAAAAUGGGGGACCAGCUCAACAAAGCGUAUGAAGCCUAUCGUCAAGCGUGCAUUGAAAAAGAAAGUGCUAAGAAGGAACUUCUACAAAAGACGGAAGCUUAUGAACACCAUAUCAAUGAGCUGAAGCUGCAAAUAGAGGAGCAAAGCAAACUCAUUGCAGAACUUAGAGCCCAACAGAGUUCUGCAGGAAGUUCCUCCAGAGGCAAUGUGAAAGGCUCAGAGAAUAUUCUUGAAGGCAAGGAGACUGUCCUGCAGACGCACAGAAAAAAUGAAUCCCAGUCCUUAUUACCUCAUGGUCAACUCAGGGAGAACCUGGCAAUGGCACAUAUGAAUAUUGCUGAAUCAGCACCGAGGAAAAGUGUUCCUUAUCCAGGAUCUGGAAUAGCUAUUGAUGAAAGGAAAGAAGUCGUUGAGGCUUUCAAUGAGAUCCGUGGUACAUUACAGAUCAUUCGGAAUACAACAAGAAAACAGAAGGAUCACCUGAAUAAGUUGAGGAUAAAAAACGAGGCAGCAAAUGGUCAGUUUUCCAUGCCUAUACAAUGCACUGAUGUCACAGUUGAACAAGGGCCCCUCAAACCAACAAAAAAGACUAACGCCAUUAAAGAAAUAAGCUCUGCUUCUAUAACAUCUCGAGGAGUUAGCCCAGAAGAUGAAGAUUGCUUGGAGUCCAUUUCUAAUCUUAGUGUGAAGUUUCCACCUACAGACACGGAAUAUGACUUUUUAAAUAGUGCACCAGAAAAACCAGUAGCUCUUGCAACUGGAAGAACUUUCACAGCUUUUACAAAGGACAGCGAUGAAGUUACCCAGCCUGAACAUGCUCCCAACUGUAGAAGAAUUGACUGGGAACCACUGGCUCCUGGUUCAGAUAUUAACCCCUCGAACAUGGCAAAGCCUCCUGCUUCUUCUACUACUUUAGAUACUUUUCCACCUGAGGUUGUACGAGGACCACAACAGCCCUUCUGGAGCCCGCACAACAGUGAAGACUGUGCUGAUCCUGAGCAAAAUGCAAACCCCAGUAGAUGUGAGUUCUGCCAAGCCAUGCUCCCAGCAGGAAUCGCAUCCAACCGGGAUGAAUUUCUUAGGCAUCUUAAUUCACACUUUAAAGAUCCAGCUAGCAAUGGGUUCUAAUAUGUAAACAUUUUCAUGCUGGGAUAUCGGUUUUUGCUGUUGUUUUUUUAUUUUUUUGGAGCUACAGCAAAAUUACACUUUAUGCAGUUAAGCUGUAAAAGUUGUUUUUGUUUUAUGUCUGUAUUUAAUAGCGUUUUCUUAAAAUUUUAAACUGUUAAGUAUCAUUUAGGUUGCUUUAAAGCAAAAUAUCUCUAAGUUGGAUGUUGAUGUUUUGGUCUAAUUGUGACUAUGGGGUUUUACGCUCCCAUUCAAUCAAACCAGCACUCCACUGCAUUUGUGAAAGUAUCAAAAAAUAUGCUGUAACUAUAAGCCCUUCAUUUUAAUUAUAUACCACACCUCUCAAAAGUUAGAUUAAAUGCCACUAUAGAAAAUGCAUGUGCUAUAUUCUUUGAUUGAAUCAACCCUUUAGGCAAUUUUUGCUUUAAAAAAAAACUAUUUUAUAUUUUUCUUUAAAAGGAAUGCUGUGUAAUAAAGCUAUGCUUUAAUGAAUCCAGCAUUGUAUGACUAGCAUACUUCAGAGUGAUCUGUAUAAAACCAUUGUUGCUUUAAGCUGUAUAUUACUUCUUAAUUCUGCCUGCUUAAAAGUGAAUGGAGUUAUCACUGCUUUGUAUUAUACAGAAAUGAUCUGUUCAUGAAGUUACAUAAAACGGUAAAGCAUUACAUUGUAUUACAUUAAAUAGUUUCUCUUGGUGUGAGGAGGCAGAUAAAGUUACUUUCAUUUACAAAUAUACAAUGUGUAUAUGUAUUAGAUUGUUUAAAACCACAUAUUAGCAUUUGACUUGAGAUCAGCAAGUGUGUAAUUUAUAAAUUCAGGCAUACUGUAUUUUGUUUUGUCUAUGUACUGUAAGCAUGUGUGUAAUUUCCCUUAGUCUCCCAAGGACAAUUAAAUGGUAAAACAUC